UUGUUUUCAGAAAUAAAAACAGCUGAAUGCUGCCGUAUUAUGGGAAAGAAAAUGUUAAACAACUUUUAUAUAGAAACAUUUUUAUACUCAUAUAUUCGAUAUUUACCGAGAUAUAUACUUAUUCCAUACAUGAUGGGCGUCCUGUAUAUUAUUAUCAAGAAGGCCUCUCCCAAAUCAUCCGACCUGUUCCACAGAAUGCUGAUUUCUACAAGAAUACACAGAUCAGUUUCCUGCUAACUUAAUUAAUAGCGAUAAACACCUACCCACCGUACGUUUAAAACACUACAUUUCAUAUUAUAUUGGAAUCGUGAAUCGUAAUGUUACAAUAUCAAUACUUAUUCUAUUAUUCUUCCUUUAAAUUAUAUAUGUGUACGAAAGUUAAGUAUAAAGAACUAAAGCAUUUUAGCGCAUUUUUGAAAAAAAAUAUAUGACUGGCUGUCUGGCUGAGGUCUCAGCAAUUAGCUAGAGACUUCAAAUUUUCACUAAAAGCUUUCUGAUAAUAGUAUAGUAUAGAUGUGCAGGUUGUAGUAUAUUUUAAGUUAGAUCACUCGUGAAAUCGUUAAUUUUAAACUUUGCUAAUAAAAUACUGAUCUGUAUUACCAAACACGAGACCAAAAAUGCGCUUUCAUCAUGUAUAUGCUGAACUUCCAUUGUGUAUAUGCUGAUUUACAACUUGUUUACAAAAAAAAUCAAUUACUUAAUGCGACCUGGACAAGUUUUCUCAGAAUACUACAUUGGGCGCGUAGAAUCCGAAAAUAGCUACAUAUUAGUGUCCACCCUCAUUCGGCUAAAUACUGACCAUAACUGAUGCCGAAAAUCUCGCUUUUACUGUUGACAAAUAGAAAAAAAUAAUACCAAAUAAAAAAUAGGACACGUCUCCACUCCACCACGAAAAUAACCCAAGGAGACAAUACAACGGACACUAAUAAAUUAGGCGCUCCGCUGACCGCUUGUUGCACUUGUGUAAAAACCAGCGCCCCCUGCGUACAAAAUAGUAAACAAUCAUUGUCAAGUGGAGGCUUUCCAGUCUCAAUUAUUUCGUAGCCCAUUCCGUUGAAGAACAAAUCGUGUGGCUUUUAAUAGCUCAUCAAAGAAGGUAUGUUUUAACUCGAUUAUAGUGAUAGUUGAACCUUAGAUAGCGAUAGCUUUUCUCCGCCUCGUUGCCGAAUUGAGAAAAAUGGAAGACGUCCUCAAAGUUUGGCAACGCGCAGACGCCGUUUGCUUAGAUGUCGAUUCGACCACCAUUCAAGAAGAGGGGAUAGACGAACUUGCCAAAUUUUGUGGGAAAGGAGAAACUAUUCGCAACCUAACGUCGAAAGCGAUGGGAGGUAAGAUGACCUUUGAGGAAGCUCUGAAGCUGCGCUUAGACCUGCUACAACCCUCACUGACUCAAAUUGACGCUUUUAUACGAGAUAAACCAGCCACUUUGACACCUGGAAUUGAAGAUUUAGUUCAGAUGCUUCACGAGAAGACGGUACCGGUGUACUUAGUGUCUGGUGGAUUUAGAAGACUUAUUGGUCCAGUUGCGAAGAGAUUAAACAUUCCAGAAGGACGCAUUUACGCCAAUACCUUACUGUUUUCUGAUUCCGGCGAAUACGCCGGCUUCGAUAUAAACGAACCGACAAGUAGAAGUGGAGGAAAGGGAAAGGUAAUUGAAGAGUUGAAAAGAUUGCAUGGAUAUAAGAGUGUGGUAAUGAUUGGCGAUGGUAUGACUGAUCUAGAAGCAUGUCCGCCAGGUGACGCUUUUAUCGGUUUUGGUGGGGUCGUCAUAAGAGAGGCGGUGAAAGACAAGGCAAAAUGGUAUAUUUUAGAAUUUCGCGAAUUAAUUGACAGUUAUAAACAAUGAUUUUGUGCUGAAAAAUUCGUAACUGAUUAAGUAAACUGUAC